AUGCGCGCACCUCCUCGGAUACCCGGAUACCUGGAUGGUCACGGAAACUCACAUCAAGGCGUUCCUUCCAGCCUUUACUUUGCGCGUUGCCUCCCUGGGCUCCUGGGCAGGCGGGCGCGGGAAGAGUCGGAGGCGGGACAGGGGCGUGGUGGGGGCGGGUCCCCUGUCCCCAAGUCCUGCCUCCGGGCCCUGAGAGUCCCCCGAGCAGCAGCAGACAAUAAACCCCAUUUCCGAGUGACCCUGCGACCUGACCCUCCCUUCCUUGUUCUCCUCUCCCCAGGGCAGCGGUCGCUUUGCUCCCCACCCCGAGGCGGAGGCUCCGGCAGGGAAGAAAUGUCUCAGGCAAGAGCCCUCUCCCGACGUUGGCUUCCUCCCAGCCAUGGCCAGGAAGUGAUGACAGCCGCGGCACCAGAGGCAGAUCCUCAUUCUGGACCACCGGCUUCAAGGCUUUCUGGCGCCGCAGAACAAACAGAGUUCAAUACCAGUGCGGCUAUUCAGGUUGGCCACCAGCUGGCAGUCAUCGGGGAUGAAUUUAACAGGAUGUACUGCGGGAAGGCCCAGGACACAGCACCCCAUGCGGCCCCAGCCCUGGCACCUGUGUGGAGCCCGACUUUCAGUUUCGUGCAGACAGGUGCCCUGAGUAUUUUUAGAAGUUUUACGAAAUGUUUUCCUGAGCCCGUGGGCAGCAGCAGCAGCAGCAGCAGCAGCUGGAUGCGGGGACAUGUGGCCUGGGGGAACUGGGUUCCCGUGUUACCAGCCAGCACGGUGUACUGGAAGGUGAUCCCGGUGGCCCUGCUUCUGAUCCUCUUUGGCCUGGUGGUCCAUUAUGGCUUGCCAAACUGACGCAGAGAAGAGAGAAGGUGGCCACUGCUGGACUCUGGCCCACCCUCUGCCUUGCCACCCUGGAGGUGGAAAUCUGCCUGGUUAGCUUAGUGUUUUGGUUUUUAAAAAUUUUUAAUAAUGGUUCUUUAUGAAAUCCUUUAUUUUAUGUAAGCCUUGAGAUAGUGCUGGGACACUACUGAGGUUUCACAUGAGUUUGUUGUUCAUAUUUUUAAAAGAGAAGUGAUUUAAAUAAUAUUUGGUUGUUGCUGGAUAACUUCCUCGUUGGCUGGUUUGAAAAUGUUGAGUCCAGGGAAUCAGAAACUCUGGCUUUGCUUUUCCUAAGAACCAUCCCAGUAAAAGGUGCUUCCAUUCCCAGGAACGGGCAUCUCAGGUAUUGGCUUUGCUGCCAUCAGUGAGUCAGAGAAGGAAUGCUGGUCAUCCUUUAACGCUGGGACACCCACUGCAAAAAUUGUUUUAAAAAAAUCUUCUGGCAAAGAUAUUUUUGAGGGGAUGAAUAAAUGAAUAAAUACUAU